AUGAGCGAGCAGCCCGAGGAGGCUGCGCGGAGGCGGCGGCCGGAGUCCGCGGAGCUAGAGGCUGCGCACAGCCUCACGCUGGGCCGCUACGAGCAGCAGGAGCGGCGGCGCGAGCGGCGCGAGCGGCGGCUGGAGCGGCAGGAGUCCAGCGAGCAGGAGACGCCCACCAGAGGAGACCUGGUCAAGGGGAAGGCCACCCUGGCUGACAUUGUAGAACAACUGCAGGAGAAGGAGGCCAGCCCUGGGCACCCUGCUGGACCAUCGCUGCCCCAGCCUCGCGAGCUUCCCCCCGGCCGUCUACCCAACGGGCUGGAGCCGCCCGAGCGGACACCUCGGCCUGACCGGCCGCGGGCGCGGGACCGACCCAAACCCAGACGGCGGCCGCGCCCCCGAGAGGGAGGCGAGGGCGGGGGAAGCCGGCGCUCGCGCUCCGCCCCUGCCCAGGGAGGCUCCGCCCCCGCGCCCCCGCCCCCGCCCAGCCACACCGUGCAGCACGAGGGCUUCCUGCUGCGCAAGCGCGAGCUCGAUGCCAACCGCAAGUCUUCCAACCGGUCCUGGGUGAGCCUGUACUGCGUGCUCAGCAAGGGGGAGCUGGGUUUCUACAAGGAUUCUAAGGGACCAGCAUCAGGGAGCACACACGGCGGGGAGCCACUGCUCAAUCUGCAUAAGGCCACCAGUGAGGUGGCCAGUGACUACAAGAAAAAGAAGCAUGUCUUCAAGCUCCAGACCCAGGAUGGUAGUGAGUUUCUGCUCCAGGCCAAAGAUGAGGAGGAGAUGAGCGGUUGGAUGGAGGCCUUGACGUCCUCUGUGGCAGAACACGCAGAGAUAGCUCGCUGGAGCCAGACACUCCCCACAACCUCAUCCACAGAUGAAGGCAACCCCAAGCUGCGGGAGGCCGGGGAGCGCAGGGCCAGCGGGCGCCGGAAGUGACGCCCCUGUCCAGGGGCCUGGCCGGGGCCCCUCCCCGUCCCCUCCUCUCCACUCUCCACUCUGUGGGCACAAAGACACUUUCUCUUUCCAAGGGGCAGGAGCCCCUAGUUGCAACACAGUGGACUUGGCAUGACUGGCACUGGAAAAGAAGGGACUACUCCUGCACCCCCAAAAGUGGUGGAGGGAGAGCUGCCCCUAUAGCCAUAUCUCGGCCCCUCCCCGCUGGCCACCUCCACCCCAGGUGCUGGGGCUCUAUUAUUUUUAUGCAAUACCUGAGCUUGAGGUGAGGCAGGGAGGGGACCAGUUGAGCCAAGUCCUCUGUCCCGACCCCCAGAUCCUGACCCAAGAAGCUGGGGUGGUGGGGGCAAGAAUUCCUGCCCCCCUCCCCACCCUAGGGAUGGGAACGGGGGCGCUGGUGAGGUCCCCUGGACCGUCCAGGGUGCUAGGGGGUGGGGAGGGGACGCCCCCUCCCUGCCUUUACCUCACUUCCAAUGCUGCCUUGAUCUGUCUGGGAGGGGGAGGUGGGGGGAGCCCUAGCCCCCACCCCCCACGCAUCCCACCGCCACCGAGCCAUGCGCGGUUCAUUCCUGACUUAGUUUAUUUUUGCAAGAUGUCAACCUCCCCCCCCCCUGCCCCGCAUCUGCGAAGGCUUUCAAGGGAGGGGGCGUCAAAGCUCAAAACUGUCUUCCUCUCUCCUCCCCCCCUGCAGCUGUAAAUGACCUUCCGUGAGGGGUGGGGCGAGGGGGAGCCCUCCCCCUGCAUGCUUCUGGCUGGAGCACGUCCCUGGGGGGUGCGUGAAGGGCUAAAGGGGUUGUGGGCAGCCCCCAGGGCCUCCAGGAGAAGCCGCUGGGGCCCAGGGGUGUGGGGCGGUGUGGCGGGCGCACACUGUAAGUACCUAUAAUAAACCCUUCGGCUUUGACGGUC